AUGCGAUUAAUCCAAUUAACCCAAAUUCUCCUUCUCCACACAUUAACAAUUAAUGCAUCACAAAUCCAUGAGAAACGCAUUUUAAUUGGCUCUGAAUGGAAGAAUCAAGGCAGGCUGCCAGCCUCAGCUCAAGUAGUUGUGCGGGUCGCUUUACAGCAGAGCAAUUUGCACCGCGCCCACAACUUGCUUAUGGACAUAGCACAUCCUGAUUCUACCAACUAUGGGCAGCACUGGAGUGCGAGUCAGGUAAUCGACAUGUUUGCUCCCUCGGAUAUAGCCAUUGCGGCUGUGCGGGAAUGGCUGAUAGGAGCUGGAAUUGACGAGAGCCGCCUGUUGCACACGGAAAAUAAAGGCUGGAUCGUCUUCGUGACUGCUGUUGGGACAGCAGAGAAUCUCUUCUCCACAAAAUAUUACCGGUACCGGCAUAAAUCGGACGGAAAGACGGCGGUUCUCUGUGAAGAGUAUUCGCUGCCUCGCAGUGUGCAGCCACAUAUUGAUUACAUCCAUCCUGGGAUUGCUGUCCCAGUGAGACAUACUCAUACUAAACGCGGCGAGGUUGUUAUCCAUGGUGAGCUGGCUGGACACAAACCGCUGUUGGAGAUGUCCCUCGCUUGUGAUGAUUUGGUCACUCCAGACUGCAUCGCCGCCCUAUACAGGAUCCCCAAAGCCCCAUUACCGCCAGUCGACAACCCGCUCGGUAUCUUCCAGACAGGCAACUACUACGCCCAGGAGGAUCUGGACUUGUUUUUCCGCAAUCUGUCCCCCCACAUCCCCGCGGGGACGCAUCCUACCCCGGCAUUUAUCAACGGGGCGGAAGCUCCCGUCCCGGUGUCGGACGCGGGGCUGGAAUCCGAUCUUGAUCUGCAGGUCGCAUACCCUCUCAUCUAUCCACAAAACAUUACGCUUUAUCAAACCGAUGACCAGUACUAUUCAGAACAUGGGAAUAGAGGGUUCUUAAAUACCCUUCUGGAUGCUAUUGACGGGUCCUACUGUACAUCUUGCGCCUUUGGCCAAUGCGGAGACGACCCAGAACGCGACCCGGUAUAUCCAAAUCUCAGCCCGGGAGGAUACAGAGGGGAGAGAAUGUGUGGAGUGUACCAGCCCACUAAUGUUAUUUCAAUCUCCUACGCUGGGCCCGAGACCAACUUUCCAGCCUCGUAUCAACGACGUCAGUGCCUUGAAUACCUCAAGCUAGGACUUCAAGGCGUCACUGUUCUCUUUCCCUCUGGCGACAACGGGGUGGCCGGGCCUGAUGGAUGUCUCGGGCCCGAACAAACCAUCUUUAGCCCGUCGUUUCCAAACAAUUGUCCAUAUGUUACGAGUGUCGGCGGAACAACCAUCCGGGAAGGCAAAGAGACAGCCCUUGAACGCAUGCGUGGUGAGACGGUGCUCUCGUCUGGAGGCGGAUUCAGCAACAUCUAUCCAAUGCCAGAUUACCAGGCACAAGCAGUCAAUAUGUACCUUCAGCACUAUCCGCCCUCGUUCUCAUCCCAUGGAAAUAGCGAGACGGUAGCUGAAGCCCUGUUCAAUCGUAGUGGACGCGCAUAUCCAGAUGUAGCCGCUGUGGGUGACAACCUCGCCGUCGUUUACCGAGGCCUGGUCGGCUCUACCGGAGGAACAAGCGCUAGCACUCCGAUCUUCGCCGCAAUCAUUAAUCGGAUCAUCGACGAGCGGUUGGCUAUUGGCAAAGGACCCUUGGGCUUCCUCAACCCAGUGCUCUACCGCCAUCCCUGGGUCUUGACAGAUAUCACCAAUGGCUCCAAUCCAGGGUGUGGGACAGAUGGCUUCUCUGCCGCGACAGGAUGGGAUCCCGUUACUGGAUUGGGAACUCCCAACUAUCCCAAAAUGCUCGAACUCUUCCUGAAUCUGCCGUGA